AUGGACACAUCCGGGGAUGAGAGGGCUGCAAGUGUCCAAGCCAAUGUGGAGCGAUGGGCCUCGGAGCUGGCAGCCCCACAACAUGACCUCGUGGUCCGCCGCGUCUCAGGCCAGUGGGAUGAGCAGUCCUUCUAUUCAAGUGAGCGCGAGCUAGCCUUUGAGGUGUGGCUCAUUGUGUCGGGGAAGUGCCGCGUUGCAAACAAGCAGCACAGCUACAAUCACAUGUUCGGAAACUCAGUCCUCCUGAAAAGAGGAGCAUGUGGUGUACAACAGCCAAUGUCUCGAGCCCAGUUCAAGAACUGGAAGGUCCCAGUGGGGUUCGAAGGGGCGGGGGGCAGCAACAACUCCAUGUAUGUUGAGCAGCUUCAGUGGUUCUCAGGGCAGGAGUUGCUCUCUUCCCUGGUGAAGGGCUUGGUCAAGGGCUCUGUGCUGAAGAAGAGCAAGCGAGUCCAGAUUGUGGACUUCUGCAUGUUGGACGACGAGCCGGGCCAGAGCUGCAUCAACAUGAACACUUCCGAGAGUCUGAAUGACCCACGUGUGGGGUACUGUGGAGUCAGCUGGGCCCCAGAGAAGCAGCUCGUCAGGCGGGAAGGGGAUGUGAUCCAGGAGAACGUCGCCACAAGCCUUGGCCAGGCGGUGAAGGCCAAGCUGCGAGGCAAGCAGUAUCAGGUGGGCACAGGGGUGACCAUUCCAGAUGUGGUGGCCAGCGCCCAGGCCCAAGCAGGGGAGGCGCCGAAGUGCAAUCUGAAGGAUUACGAGCUCACUGUCCCGCGGGUGAACUUAGAGCUGCCCCUCAAGCUUUCCACAGUCACCCAGGGUAAGGCGCUGGGAGGUGCCACAGUGGACGACCCACUCAAGCCAGGGACUGCCAUCACUUGGGAAAUGAUUCAGAAGGCGCACGAUGACGAGUUCAAUCCAAGCGGUGUCCCAUGUGAUCCAGACAGCCGCAAGCGUUCUGCAGAAGAGUCUGUGUCGGACCUUCGCCUGGAACAGUGCCCAGCAGUGUCCCCUACACCUGCCAGCCCUCCCCCAGACAUGGCGCAGCUGUGCAAGACAGAUGUGGCAACCUCGGAAUUUGAGGUUUGGCUUCAGCCAGACGGAUUGCUCUACUUGAAAGCUUUGAAUGACACAGUGCUACUUCCAGACAUCCCACUUUUCAGCUGCAAGGGCAACUUCAAGGUUGGUGCAGCUGCCAAGGAGGCCAAGAGCAAGUCAGGCCAGCAGAUCAUCAAAGGUGAGAUGACUAGUGAGACAGUUGUCCUCCUCACACAGGACACAACCAAAAGCCAGCUGGAGCUUCCCAAGUCCCCCAUCCCUUUGAAGACAGCGCUGGCUGCUCUGGCAAAUCUUCGCCAAGUGCUCGGGGAUGUGUUCAAGCACAAGGUGAGCCAGGGCCCCACUGGAGAAAGGCAGGUGACAGCAACCGAUGACAUUGCAUUUGUCCUGGAAAUCAAGAAAGACAUCAUCUCCAGCUACGUGGACUAUGGAAAGCUCUGCCUCAUUGAAGCAGUCCACCACGUCAAGUAUGACUCAGACUCCAAGAGCCUGCGCCAGGGAAUCCCAUGCAUGCACUUCAAGUCUGCCACACGGGUCAAGACGGGUGAGAUCUAUUCUUUGUGA